CAGCCCAGGGACUCCGCGGGUUUCCCAGUCACACCCCGCACCGACCUCUCCAGUCUUACAAGACCCUCGACCCCCAGACAAGACCCUCUACCCCCCCAAGCCAUCCGCGGGGGCGGGACCCCCCGUGCCCCGGCCGUACCUGCCGAAGGUGUCCCCGAAGGGCAGUGCGAGCCAGCGGCGGGGCAUGGAGCGCAGGAAGGCGCUCUGCUGCUCCUCCGUCUCGUCGCGGGACACGUAGACCAGGACGAGCUGGCGGGAGCGCUCCACGUAGAACUCGUCGCGCCCCGCGCAGCUCCCGCUCUGUGUCCAGCUCGUCCUCCUCCCGGUUCGCCUUCAGCACCUUCCCGGCGAAGAGCGCGGACAUGGCAGAGGGAGGAAGGCUCGGCACGAGGGGAGACCCCUGUCCCUGAUCCCGGUCCCAGUGCCCUCAGAUCCCCGUCCCUGAUCCCGGUCCCUGAUCCCGGUCCCGGUGCCCCCGGAUCCCGGUCCCCGAUCGCAGACCCCGGUCCCGGAUCGGGGUCGCGGAUCCCGUUCCCAGCCAUGCACCCCGCGGGGCUCUGCGCGGCCUCCCUGGGCUCUCUGGGGCUGCUGCGGCUCUUGGGGGCCCCGUGGCCCUGGAGCGUGGCGGCCUCGCUGGGGCUGUGCCUGGGCGGCGGCGGGUGGCGGCUGCUGCGGCUCAUCGUGCGGACGGCGCCCCGGGACCUCUUCGGCCUGUGGGUGCUGCUCCGGGUGAAGUUCCACCUGCGGCGGCACCAGCGCUCCCGGGCCACGAUCCCGCGGCUCUUCCAGGCCGUGGCGCGGCGGCUGCCGGACAAAGCCGCGCUCAUCUACGAGGCCACGGGCGAGCGCUGGACCUUCCGGCGGCUGGACGAGUUCUCCAAUGCCGUGGGCAACCUCUUCCAGCAGCUGGGCUUCGGCUCCGGGGACGUGGUCGCCCUGUUCAUGGAGUCGCGCCCGGAGUUCGUGGCGCUCUGGCUGGGCCUGGCCAAGGCCGGCGUCGAGGCCGCGCUCAUCAACUUCAACCUGCGCCGGGAGUCGCUGGUUUAUUGUGUGGCCGCCUCCGGCGCCAAGGCCCUCGUGUUCGGGGGGGAGCUGGCGGCAGCGGUCUCGGAGGUCAAUGGGAUGCUGGGGAAGAACAUGGAAAAGUUCUGCUCUGGGGAAUAUAACCCGGAUCUGGUCCCUGUGGACACCAAACACCUGGAUCCGCUCCUGAAUUCCACCCCCAAAUCCCCCCCGGCGCAGAUCCCGUCAAAAGGCCUGGAUGACCGGCUCUUCUACAUCUACACGUCGGGCACGACAGGGAUGCCCAAGGCGGCCAUUGUGGUGCACAGCAGGUAUUACCGGAUCGCCGCCUUCGGCUACUACGCCUACCGGAUGCGCCCCGAGGACGUGAUCUACGACUGCUGCCCCUCUACCCACUCAGCAGGGAACAUCAUGGGUGUGGGGCAGUGCCUGAUCCAUGGGCUCACCGUGGUCAUCAGGAAAGAAGUUCGGCCCAGUCGCUUCUGGGACGACUGUGUCAAGUAUCGCUGCACGAUCAUUCAGUAUAUCGGGGAAAUCUGCAGGUACCUCCUGAACCAGCCGGUCCGUGACUCCGAGAGCCGGCACCGCGUCCGGCUCGCGGUCGGCAAAGGGCUCCGGCCCACCAUCUGGGAAGAGUUCACCCAGCGCUUCCGGGUGAAGCAGAUCGGGGAGUUCUACGGAGCCACGGAAUGCAACUGCAGCAUCGCCAACCUGGAUGGGAAGGUGGGAGCCUGCGGGUUCAACAGCCGGAUUUUGCCCAAUGUUUAUCCCAUCCGGUUGGUGAAGGUCAACGAGGACACCAUGGAGCUGAUCCGGGAUUCCCGGGGGCUCUGUGUCCCCUGUUGCCCAGGAGAGCCGGGGCUGCUGGUGGGGCAGAUCAACCAGCGGGACCCUCUGCGGCGCUUCGACGGCUACGUCAGCGAGAGCGCCACGAGCAAGAAGAUCGCCCACGACGUCCUGCGCAAGGGGGACCAGGCCUAUCUCUCAGGGGAUGUGCUGGUCAUGGACGACCUGGGAUACAUGUACUUCCGAGACCGGAGCGGGGACACGUUCCGGUGGCGCGGGGAGAACGUCUCCACCACAGAGGUGGAGGGAGCCCUGAGCCGCAUCCUCAACCAGACGGACGUGGUGGUGUACGGAGUGGAAUUCCAGGUGUGGAGGGCAAGGCGGGCAUGGCGGCCAUCGCAGACCCCUCAUCCCGGCUGGACCCGGGGGGGUUUGUAUGAGCAGCUGAUGCCGGGUGCUGCCGCCCUACGCCCGGCCCGUCUUCCUGCGCCUGCUGCACACCUGGACACCACAGGGACGUUCAAGCUGCAGAAGACCCGUCUCCGGGCGGAGGGUUGGGACCCCCGGCUGGUCCCCGACCGGCUCUUUGUGCUGGACCCUCAACGGGGCCGAUACGUCCCCCUGGAUCGAGGGAUGCACCAGCGGAUCUGCUCUGGGAAUGCUGGGCUGUGAGCCCCCAGAUCCCAGGAAAUCCAACGGAUCUGUGCCAGGAAUGCCGGGCUGUGACCCCCUGGGUCCUGGGAAAUCCGACGGAUCUGUGCCAGGAAUGCCGGGCUGUGACCCCCUGGAUCCUGGAAAUCCAAUGGAUCUGUGCCAGAAAUGCCAGGCUGUAACCCCCUGGAUCCUGGGAAAUCCAAUGGAUCUGUGCCAGGAAUGCCAGGCUGUGCCCCCCUGGAUCCUGGGAAAUCCAAUGGAUCUGUGCCAGGAAUGCUGGGCUGUGAGCCCCUGGAUCCCGGGAAUUCCAAUGGAUCUGUGCCAGGAAUGCUGGGCUGUGAGCCCCUGGAUCCCGGGAAUUCCAAUGGAUCUGUACCGUGAACACCAGCCUUCCAGGAACUGGGGGGAAUUUCCAGGAAGAUUUUUUGAGGAAAACAGCAGAAUUCCCAGGAAAACCACAACUUGGGGGGGGAGUGAUGGAUCUUUCCAGCUCCUCCAUCUGCCCCCAGAGCCGGUUCACCCCCCCACGGGCGCUGAUUAACAGGGCAGUGCUAAUUAGCGACUAAUUAGUGGCUCAUUAACCUCCCUAGGGACUGUUUCCAUGCGGGGGGGCCGACAGGGACAUAUUUAUUGAAGGAGCCCCCCCGGAUUAACCGAUUUAGCCCGUUUUUAACCUGUUUGGCUGUGCCUGACCACGAGGCCAUUAAAAACCAGUGACUGUG